UAUGGCCCACCAGCCGGCCAACAGCAGCAAGGGUGUGCCGCGGCCCGCGGUGGUCAGCUCUACGGGCCAGUCCGGCCACGCCCACCCCAGCCACACGACGUCCCGGGGCAAGUCCCUCAGCAAGCGCAGCAAGCACCCGCCGGCCGUGGAGUUCUCCAACAAACACCAGACCAAUAAGAUGGUGAAGGAGCUGUGUCACGUGAUCUCGUGCUACCGCCACCUGACGGUGGGCCUGGGCUCGUCGGGUGACGGCUGGCAGCUGCGCUCCGACCUCACCUGCCUGCGGCUGCUCAUCAGUCACCUGAUCAAGGUCAUCAGGGUCACGCUCGAGGCGCACACGCGCAAAUGGAUGUUGUACAAAGAAGGGGACAGGAGGGAGCUGAUUCGCAUCAGCAACAUCUACUACAGCUGCGUCACCACUUUCAUCCAGGACAUGCGGAGGUCGCUGGAGCUGCACGCGAUCUUUGUCAUCAGCGACGCGCCGCCAGUGGGCUUCAUCAACACGGGCGUCAGUGGAUACCACAGCUUCAUGCUGUCCGAACGAGAGUUCGGAGAGCAGGACGGCAGCCAUACCUCCGUCACUGCCCAAAUAGAGCGGAUGGUGAAGGACAUGGACGCCAUCGCCGAUGAGAUCAAGAACCUGCCGUGGUACACGCUGACUUGGGCGCCAGCUCCGGCCAACAGCGACAGUCGACACGAAACCGUCUCCAUUGAGGAGGACCAGGCGCUGCUGCUCCCCGGCGCCUUCACUUCGCCUUGGUUCCUCGUCAUGCUGAUCGCCACCAUCGUGAUGGUGGUGGCCGCCGUGCUGACGUAUACGCUCGUGCUGUUCCUGCAAUGAGCCGGGGCCUGCCGGCGGCGUGCGACCGCGGUCCGCCGCCGCCACCAUCUCAACGCUUUUCCAGAUACUUGUUGCUCACCGUCUGAAUGAGCUUAAGGACGAGUGCGGCUUUGUUGGAUGUAGCUGCGGUCCGUAUUUGCUGGGGAUUGCGACGCGUGGAACGCCUCUGGCUGCUGGUAAAUGUGGGGCAAGUGUCUCUUGAAUAUCUGUUGUCCGUGGUUCAGAUUCCACUCAUGUGCGCUGUCUAUGAAAUGCUGCACAAGAUGAUGAGAUGUAAGGGCUUCACUCAUGGCGACGGAUGCUGUUCAACUAAUGGACACUCGAGAUUCCGUCCACAUACAUAAGCUAGUCAAGGGGGUCAGUCAGUCGACCAAAUUAUGAUAUACUGGCAUCAGUGACCAGAUACAUUGAGCAAGUGAUCUACCAGCAUCGUACUUGCUAUUCCAUGUUUCGAUUAUAGCUCGUUUUACUUCAUUAUGGUGUAAGCUUAAUCAAAACGCUUAGAUGCGCUUCCCCCAGUGCUCGUGUUUUUUUCUGAAAAUUCCACAAUCGACUACUUUGUGUGUGGAAAGAGAAGUCAACACCUAUGGUGUUUUUCUGACUCCCCAUAAGUACCAAUCCGACAUUUAAAAAACGAAGCUCAUGCUAAGAAGUUUAUGGUAAAGAGACCUAGCCACGGUAAGUAUUCUGUGAAAUAUUUGCCUUUCAUCUUAGUACUUGUCAACGAAUUCAGCUGGCUGAAAGAGCUCGGUGUACGUCUAUCAAAAUGGAAUGCUUAUUUUGUUAAUAAAGCGUACGACGUCAACGGAACAAGCAGCAAUUGAAUAUAUCCCUACCCUCGAUAUAUGUAACCGCGGCACAAUUACAACUGAACUUUGCAACUUUGAUUCCGAGCUUCACAAGUAUAAGCGACACGUUGUGCGAAGCGCCAUGCUGGGCCCGGUUUCAUGAACCUAACGUACGAGCCUAUACUCUCGAUCUCCGUCGUGCGAACUCAUUUUAUUUUUCAAUUACAGAUACUUACUUACAAAUCUUAAGAUCAAGUGAAAUCGGCCCGCACACUUCGAGGCAUAUACGGCGAAAGUUAUAAAACACAGUUUUGUAGUUCCGCUUCAUGACACUAGGUACUCGUUAGCUGUCACUUUCACUUGAGCCUUUUCAGCGUGCAAUGCAAAUAUAUUGUGCGUAAGACCAGCGGUGUCCUCUAAAUACAACGACCCACGAUGGAGUGAUGCGGUUGCUGUCGAAGUGCGCCUGACUCAGGAUUUUUCUGCCACUGGCCCACCUGAACGCAUGUCGUAGUGGGAGACAUAUGGCAGACAAACACGACUGGAGUCAUUCGUUAGCGCAAGUCUACGGAAUGCGCGUCCGCUGAUGUAAGGCAGUGCAAAAGUUUCA